AUGCUCCCAACCCUACUCUUAUCCGCCUUGGGCGUGGUCGCAGCACCCCUCGAGGAGCGCUUCAACCAGCCCAACGCACCUGUCGAUCUCCACCUCCAACCCAUCAGUCAUCGCGCAAACCACCCCAACCCCGCCGUCCGCGCCGCUUUUGCUCGUGACGAGAUGAUCACCAAUCGUAUUCGCUUUUCCAGGGCACUUGACGCAGAGGGACACGCCCACCUCAAGCGCGACCUCGAGUUUGUCGAAGAAUCGGACCGCCGCCGUCGUCGUCAGGUCGGGCCGCAGGACUCUUCCGACGUCCCCGUCUCGUCCAACGACAACCCGGGUAGCCAAGCCCAGGGCGGGAGCUCGACCGCCGCAACACAGGAGGGUGAUAUUACCCUCAUCAACUACAACCGCGACCAGGGAUACGCCACCCCCGUCAACGUCGGCACACCGCCCCAGAAUUUCCUCGUCGUCGCAGACACGGGUUCACAGGAUUUUGUGCUGUUCGACGAGUCGUGCUCCGGCUGCGAGGGUCACCCGGUUUUCGUUGACUCGCGCUCGUCCACAUUCCAGCCGACUAGCACCCCCAUGUACGAGUCAUAUGGGACCGGCGAGGCGUCUGGUAUCUGGGCACUCGACCGAGUCGAGAUGGGCGGCUACUAUGUUAACGACCAGCCGAUUGCCCUUGUCCAGCGAGGAACCGUGGGCCAGUACAUGAGCUCGAGGCUGUCGGGCAUCAUGGGCCUUGGCGUGCCCUCCAUCUCGUUGCAGGGCCCCAACGGCCCAGCGAUGAAAGCUCCACCCCCCUUCUGGGUCACAACCGCCGAGAACGUCUGGGAGGACAAGCAGUUCGGCGUCUUCCUCGAGCGCAUCAACACCGACCCUUCAAACUACGUCCUCAGCAGCAGUCUGACCGAGUCCAGAGAACCCAACGGUGGCAUUCUCACCCUGGGUGGCCUCAACAAGCAGCUCUUUACCGGCCAGGUUAACUACAUGCCCGCCAACACGACUUAUUGGUGGCAGCUCCCCCUCGAGGGUUUCUCGGCCAACGGCAAAAAGUUCAACGCCAAGCUCGCUCCUACUGUUAUCGACACUGGCUCGACCGCUAUCAUGAUGCCUGACGCCGCUGUGCGCGCGUUCCACGCCCAGAUCCCUGGUGCCCAGGAGCCAAACAACGACGGCACCUGGGUCAUCCCGUGCAACACCACCGCCACCGCGUCAUUCUUCUUUGGUGGGAUGGAGUACCCAAUCCAGACCGCCGACAUCCUCCGUGGCUCCCUCGCAAGGGACACGCGCUACUGCCUGUCCAACAUUGGCCCCGGCCCGUGGCUACUCGGUGCUGCGUUCAUGAAGAACUAUUACACGGCGUUCCGCAUGGCUCCUGAGCCGCAGAUUGGCUUUGCGUCGCUCGCGCCGAAUGUUGUCAACAACGGCAAGUCCGGCUCGACUGGUGGCCCUGUCCAGGUCAACACUAGCGGUGGCGGCGCGAUCAAGUCUGCCGCAGCAUCCGUCACUGCCAGCAGCGCUCUGCUCGCCCUUGGCAUUGUCGCUUCGACCCUAGUCUAA